UCGCUGAAGUUAAAUAUCCCCAGCAAGCUCUUAUAAAUACACCACAUGGGAAGCGUAGUGCACCGCAACUCCGAUUCUUGCCUUCAAGCCCCACAAAAAUUUCCAAUCUUCUUCCUUCUCCUCCUUCCUCUGCUUUCUUAUGCUCUCUGUAUUUCCCUCACAAUCCCUCUUUGAUCCUCACUUUUUUUCGGGAUCACUUCCUUCUCAAGUUUUCAUAACCAUCAUUUAGCCUCCUCUGCCUUAACUUGGGAAAACACCCAAUUCCUGUUUUCCUCACCUCUCUCACAUUUGAAGCGUUGUUACCCUGUUUUUCUUUCUUCUUUGGAAGAGGAACCAGCUUUUUAGUGUUCUUCUUCCCGACCACUUUUCUUUUCGUAGAAUCUCACUAGGAAGUUUUGCCGGAAUCAUGGACGGAUUUCAGGAGAGAGGUGCUCAGCUUGAACCGCAUAACAUUGCUGAUAUAGGGUCGUCUCUCUCAAAUCUGAUAUUAUCAGGUGGGACGAACCCCCUGGAUUCUAUUUUCUCUCACUGUCCCCAAACAAACGCCACAAGCAACCCCAUGUUCGAGGCCUUAAGCUCGUGCGGUUUUGAUCCUCUGGGCUCGUCGGUGUACCUUCGUCAAAGAGACAUUCUGCAGAAAUUCUACGAGGACAACCGAGUGAGCAGUUCAUUUGGUGGUCUAUCGUCGACAAAUCAACGUCUAAACUAUGCAGGAGCAACAUCGUACUCAUCAUACAUGAACCCCUGCAAAAAAAAGCUAUACAGGGGAGUGAGACAGAGACACUGGGGAAAAUGGGUUGCAGAAAUCAGACUUCCCCAGAACAGAAUGAGAGUGUGGUUAGGCACUUACGAAACUGCCGAAGCCGCUGCUUAUGCGUACGAUCGUGCCGCUUAUAAGCUCCGAGGCGAAUAUGCUCGUUUGAAUUUCCCGAAUCUAAAGGACCCCAGUAAGUUGGGAUUCGGAGAUAGCUCCAGAUUGAAUGCUUUGAAGACCUCUGUGGAUGCUAAGAUUCAGGCUAUCUGCCAGAAGGUGAAGAGGGAGAAAGCCAAGAAGAAGAGCGCCAAGAAGCCCAAUCCCAGCCCCGAACAGAGCGAGAAAUCACACAAGAUAGACUCGUCCUCUUGUUCAUCAUCCUCGCUACCCUUAUCCCCAUUAGUUUUCGACGAUACCUGGACAAACGAGUUUAUUUCACCGACGAUUUCAGAAGACGGAAUAUGGAAGGGCGAGAACUCGCCGUCCACUGUUUCAACCGAUUUCCAGCCAAUGGUAACAGGGGAAUCGGAAUUCGAAGGCUGUUCCCUGGCAAGGAUGCCUUCCUUCGACCCCGAGUUAAUCUGGGAAGUUCUUGCGAAUUAAAAAAGGCAUCUUCCCAAAUCAGGAUCCUAGUUCUAGAUUAGUGAGGGCCGUUUACUUUAGUGUAAACGAACACUGAUCUUUAUUAUUGAGGUUUUUUUUUUUUUUUUGGGGCUUUAGGUCAUGUUUUUAUGUUUAAUGGUCAUGGUGAGAGGUCCUUUUAGACUGUGCAGUACUAGUCAGGAUUGUUGUGGCCUUUGUUUUUGUCUGGAGGCACUAGGAAUCUUCCUAAUUCCUGUUUCCCUUGUUCUUAUUUUCAGUUUUUAGCCCUCUCUCUCACCUGUAUUUAGACUUUAUGUAGAUUUGCAACUUUGUAUCAAUCUAUGGCCUGACCCAAAGUUUUUUCUUCA